CAUCAAGAUGCUGAGAGUAUGACAAAAUGGAUUCACAAUCUUCAUCAGAUAAAGGUCCAUCAGGCAGAGGAGCCAACCAAGGGUGGAAAAUAGAACCAGAGAAGCUUCAGAGGAAUUACUCUCCCACACGACCGCCAGAGGUUACACAUCUACUGUAUGAAAUCCAAUGGAAGAAAAAUCUCAAGACCUGGAAAAACUGGUGUACAAGCAAUCCUAACCAGCAUGCUGAAAUCAAUUUUUUAGAAAAUGCAUGGAAGGAGAUAAGACGGAAGACCAGACCAUGCUCUAUCACGUGGUUUCUGUCUUGGAGUCCUUGUCAUGCAUGUAGUCAACGUAUAAUUGAGUUCUUGGAAACACAUCCUAAGGUGACCCUAGAGAUAAGAGCCGCUCAGCUGUUCAAGCAUCAAGUGGAGUGUAACCAGAAUGGCCUGAGGGAUUUAGCUAAUUUUGGGGUUAAGAUCUCCAUCAUGCAUCUGCCUGAUUAUCAAUAUUGUUGGAGAACAUUUGUGGUUCCUCAAGAGCAUGGUGAAGAGUACUGGCCAUGGCAUUUUUUCCCCAGGAUAAUUUCUUGUUCCCAGAGUCUCUGUUCAAUUCUUAAGGUAAGAGGCUAUUUAAAAAAUUAAACAGUAACUAAAUCCAACUCUGGGGAGGGAGACAUCUUUUGACAUACAAAUGAGAGAAAGGCCUGUUACAGACUGCCAAAAUAAAGCUGCUUC